GUAAGCUACAGUCCGCACGAGAGGUAUUUGUUUUUUGUAAGCGCAAAACAAAAAGAAAAACCGAAAAACAAUAAAGAUCACAAAUACAUUAAAGAAAAGAGCGGGCACGGUGCAUUAUAAACACACGGAAGAUAGACAGACAUACAAUCGAGCAAACAUUACUAGUAAAUCUCAGUCUGUCAGCAGUCAUUAUUAGAAGAUUCACAAUCCCGCAUACGAUCGGGAAAGUGAAAAUUUUCUAAAUUUUACCUUAAGCCUGGGCGACCCGGUAGCCGAGUUGGUAGCGUACUUGAAGGGGUCGUGGGUUCGAUUCCCGCCAGAAGCCUUGGUCUGUCGCUACUGUGGUAUCACAAUGGACUUAAAAUUGUCCAAACAAAAAUCGCACACUCACACACAUUUGGCAACGGCAACGACCAAUAUAUAAUACCAAAUGACAGCCACUGGAGUAAUUGGCGGUAACGUAGACCCUAACACCUACCCCGCCACAAAUGGCAGUAGCAUUCCGCAUAACAUCAACGGACUGGAUUUAAAUAUGUCCCAUAACAACGAUAUUUUUUCUUCGCCGCUUGGUUCCCCCGCAUCAACCAAUGGCAUUGAAUUAACCGAACAUUUCUAUAUAAACAAUAGCAACAAAAAGAAACAUAAUCUCAAGAUACAGGUGCAGUUAAAUGCCAGUGGAAUUUAUUUGAGGCGGGAGACCGCGGAACAUGAUCAGAUCACUGAACAGUUAAUACGCCUGGAGGAUGUUAUUGGCAGUCAUUGUGGUGGCAAAAUAAAGAAACAGGUGCGAGGGGUGCUGAACUCUUGCAAGCGUAGCAAAAAUGCCGAUGAGGAGCAGCAUCACAGCGAAGGAUCCACCGGAAGCCAACCACCCGAUCACAACGAUAUAUCCGCCUAUUUGUAUAUCUAUGCCUAUGUGAAGAAGGAUAAGCCACUGAGGCGCAUGCGCACUGUUAGAAUCUUGAGAUUUCGCUCUUUCCUUAGCUAUGAAGACAAUCUGAAGUCAGCUGAGCGCUGGCAGCGGGCCAUUAUGAUUAACAAGGGCACAGAACUACAUUCGGGAGGCUUUGCCAAACCUUUGCUUAUACUUCUCAAUCCCAAAUCGGGUUCGGGCAAAGGCAGGGUAUUGUUUCAGAAACAAGUGGCCCCCGUCUUUAAAGAAGCUCAGAUCCAAUAUGAGUUGGUGGUUACCACCCAUGCCAAUUAUGCCAGAGAAUUGAUAAGACGACGCAAUGAUUUGACUCAAAAAUACAGUGGCAUAGUGGUGGCCUCAGGUGAUGGUUUGUUUUUCGAAGUGCUAAAUGGCAUUAUGGAACGCCCUGACUGGCGAGUGCUGGCCCGUGAUCUGCCCUUGGGCAUUAUACCCUGUGGCUCGGGCAAUGGUCUAGCCAAGAGCAUAGCCCAUCUUUACGACGAGCCCUAUGAGCCAAAACCCAUUGUAAAUUCCUCCCUGGCCUGUGUGUCCGGCAACUGGACUCAUUUAGAUGUGGUGCGUGUGCAGGUGGCCAAUAAGAAACAGCAAAGUGAAAUGUAUUCCUUCCUCUCUAUAGGCUGGGGCCUUAUAGCCGACAUUGAUAUUGAAAGUGAACGGUUGAGGUCCAUAGGAGCCCAAAGGUUUACCAUAUGGUCCAUACAUCGUGUCUUAAAAUUGAGAACCUACAAGGGAAAGCUUUCCUAUUUACCUUGGAAGAGAAAAGAAGUGCCAGUUGCCCCCAUCUCCUCAAAAGCCAAUCGCAAAUCUGGUCCCCCCUCCAUACUCACCCGCUUUCAUGAUGCUUUGGACGAAGAGCAGGACUUUAAGGAUGCCCAUGAGGUAGAUAAUGAUGAAUUUGCCGAUACUCUCUCUCAAUCCACGUAUCGGCCCGAUAGUUGGGCCUCGGCCAAAUCAAAUGUCACCGCCUAUUACUCCAUACCGGGGCACUCCUUGAGAUCAAACCGGAGCACUAUAACCAUACAAAGUAAAAUUGAGGCAGCCAAUGCCGAAUACAAUACCAAGGCCCUGCAAUCCAAUAUACCUGCCCUAAACGAACCGCUGCCCGCCGAGGAGUGGCGAAGUGAAGAGGGUGAAUAUGUUAUGGUACAUGCCGCCUAUACCAGCCAUUUAGCUGCGGAUUGCCUAUUUGCUCCCGAUUCCAAACUCAAUGAUGGCAUCAUUUAUUUGGUCAUCAUACGAGCAGGUGUAUCAAAAUCCCAGUUGAUACAUUUCCUGUUGAACCUCAGCUCAGGCACCCAUUUAACAGAGGCCCCUACCGCCCACAUACAGGUAAUACCAGUGAGCGCUUUUCGCAUAGAACCCACCGAGGAAAUGGAGGAUGGCAUUAUGAAUGUCGAUGGUGAACGAGUGCCCUAUGGUAACCUGCAAGCGGAAAUAUUUCCGGGUAUUAUAAAAGUCAUGGUGCCCAGUGGACAGAUGAAGGAUUAGUAGGUGUACAGUAUUAUUAUUUUGUUUUAAUGUAUUCCUGAAUUCUACUAAAGCUGUGAGACACCUUCGGGCCUUACCCCAUGUCAUGCAUCCAAACAUUAGAGUUUAAACAUAUUUUUUUGUUUGUUAUAGAAUUAAGCAUUAAGUUCAAAGUGGCUUAUGCAACACUUUGUGAUAAGAAACCAUUAGGUGCUGAAGUUAAUAUAAAUGCAAACAUAAUCUUAAAUCUUUAAUUGAUAAGUGCUACCAAGUUGGCAGAAUGUACGAAAAUUUUUUUUAUAAAUAAUUUAAUAAACAAAUGAAUAUACAAAACAAAAUAAAUUUAUUUAUAAGUGGGGGAAUGUAUCAAAAAGUAUGAAAAUGAUCAAGAGAGAACGAGAGAAGCAUUUGAAAUAACAGAGGAAUUUAAUUUCUCUCAAAAUUUGACAGCAAAUGUUAAGCUUUUAUAGGUAUCGUUAAUUAUUUUAUUUAUCUUCAAAGCAAGAAGCUCUGUCGAAAAAAACUAAAAAAAACAAAUUUACAGCAAAAAGAAAAGAAAGAAAGAUACACAUAUUGGAAGCUAAGACUGCCAAAGCCCUACACCCAGAGAAAAGUUGAUACCAAACGUGUUGAUUUCAGUACCAUACGGUAUUGAUAGUAAAACAACACCGUAUGGUGCAAAAACAAUGCCGGAUGGUAUGGAAGAAACAUAAAAUGAUUAGUAACGUUUGGUUCUAGACUUAUUACUGAACUGGUAUUGGUUUAAAUACCAAUCCGGUAUUGGUUUUAGUACCAAACCAGAAAAAAGUUGAUACCAAACGUGCUCUUUUCAGUACCAUAUAGUAUUGAUAGUAAAGCAACACCGUAUGUUGCAAAAACAAUGCCGG